AUGGCACCGAAAGAAAUAGUUUUUUAUAAAGAACAUGAAGAUAAAUUGGAUACUGACGAUGCUGUUAUUGAACCUUGUGUUUUGAUUCCAGCAGCUGUAUCAACAUUAAGUAUCAAUGAUUUAUCUAUUAGAAAAGGUUCAUUCAAAAAAAUCAGUUGGCUUACUCGUUUUUCUGGUAUAAUCUAUACACUAACAUCAUCAUUUAUUUCUACUUGUGCAAUAUUUUCAAUAAAACAAUUAGGUGUUAAUUUAAUUGAUGCAUUCAUUUUACGUUUUAUUAUUCAAAUUCCAAUCAUGCUUUUAUUUGCAUCAUAUAAACAUUAUCCAUUAAUUUCUGGUACAAGUACUCAAAUAUUUUUACAAAUUUUAUGUUGUACAACAGGUGCUGGAUGUUUUUUCUUAUAUUUUUUUGCUGUACGUUAUGUUGAAUUAUCCGAUGUAACAACUUUAUGCUAUACAAGAGUGGUUUGGACAGUUAUUUUUAGUAUAGUUAUUUAUCGAGAACGUCCAUCAAUUAGUUCAUUGAUAGCGUUACCUCUUACUAUACUUGGUGUCAUUUUUGUUAGUCAACCAAGUUUUUUAUUUUCAUCAACAAAUCCUUCGAUUGUUAUUGUUAAUAGUCAAUUUCGUUUACUUGGUCUAUCUCUAGCGAUUGCUAGUGCAUUAGCAUCAGCAGCAAAUGUUCUAUCAUUUAAAAAACUUGUUUCAACAUCUAAACCAAUCAAACCAAGUAUAAUCAAUAUCCAGUAUUGUGUAGCUGUAAUCGUUUUUCUUAUUAUUUAUGAAUUAUAUAGAAAAUUUUUUCUUCAUGAUGGUCUCACAUUGAACUAUAUUAUAUCAUGGCGAUAUUUAUUAGCAUCUGUGCUUUGUGUUGUUAUGAUUAUCCCAAAUAUUUUAUCACAAAAAGCAAUGAAACGUGAACAUCCAGCUAUAUAUUUACUUCUUACUUCAGCUGAUAUUAUUUUUUCAUUAAUUCUUCAAAAUAUUUUUACAGAAAAACGAUCAAAUUUAUUUGCAUUACUUGGUUCAGCAUUGGUUAUUUUAAGUGUAGUUAUCCUUGGAUUCUCAAAAAUAAUAACUGAACGACGUACACAAAAGAAGUUGAAAUUAAUGGAUAUUGAAUCUAUUAUGAAUGAUUUAGAAGAAAACAAAUGA